AUGGUCGGGCUGAGGCUCGGCCAUGGAGGGAAGCUUCAGCUGAGAUCGGUGGACCCACCGGCCUGGUUUUCCCAGGAGGACCGCUGUGGGAACACUGAAAAGGACCCGAAAGGGGCCGCCCCGCCUCGGCUUGAGAGGGCGUGGGGCAGAGGCUUUGGGGCACAGGGCAGGGCGUGCAAGGGGCACCAGCCUCUCCCCCCACAGGCCUGGCUGACCGAGAUCCAGGAGUAUGCCCAGCACAACGUGGUGCUCAUGCUGUUGGGCAACAAGGUGGACUCUGCCCACGAGCAUGUGGUGAAGAGGGAAGACGGAGAGAAGUUGGCCAAGGAGUACGGGCUGCCCUUCAUGGAGACCAGUGCCAAGACAGGCCUCAACGUGGACUUGGCCUUCACAGGCAUCGCAAGGGAGUUGAAGCAGCGCUCCAUGAAGGCUCCCGGCGAGCCCCGCUUCCGGCUGCACGACUACGUGAAGAGGGAGGGCCGAGGGGACUCCUGCUGCCGACCCUGAACCUGGCUGAACUCAAUCCCUGUCUCAGAAGGCUGGACAGGUCUACAGGCCCUUCUGACCUUGUCACCCAGUGGCCAACCCCAUGACAUCCAUUUCUAGGACCCCGGGCCAAACCUCACCGCUUCCUCCCCCCAGCAGCAGUCUGUCUUCCGGCUUCACAGGGGCAGCGCGUGCACAGCCUCCCUUCGCUGGCUGUGGCCUCAGUGCCUUGCCCUCGAGGCCGUCAGGUCAACAAGGUCCUCUGCAUGGGAGGGGGCGUGGCACCAAGUGCACACACCGAGCCACAGCACUCUGCUGCCCCCUCCUGGGCACACCCAGCUAUGAGGCUGGGCCACCGGCUGGCGCCACGAGUUCAAAGCCUAACCCCUUGGAAAAGCCAUGUCUUCACCCGCACUCAGCAGCUCAGGCAGAGAAAGGACUUUGGCCCAUGCCUGGGACAGAGGCCUUCACCACUAAUCACAUUGUGCAUUUGUGCGCCCGGGGAGCCACCCGCUCCCAGUCCACCCAGUAGGAGGCUCCGGUUCACCAAACAUCAACAGGGUCUUCUCGUGUGACCUUGGAGGACACGUGUAGCUUUGUGAUGCUGGGACUAGCAUGUGAGAAAUCACUGAAAUAGGAAACUAGGAUUGCCAGCCCAGCCUGCCUACCAAGCUUCCAACUCUGCAGGCCAGGGUAGCAGGUCCAGCCGGCCCACAGCUGAGGUCUGUGACCGCCAAGCACGCCCCACCUUGCACUACAGCUAUCAAGCUGGUCUUUUGAUUGCA